AUGUGGCGGAUAAUGUGUGAGAAUACAGCAGCCGAUGCAGAUCAGCUUACAGCAUGCUUCGGAGAAUUAGGCUGUGUGCUCCGCAUUCUUUUGCAACCAUGUCAAGUUUCCUUUGGACGUCAUCCUACUUCCGCCUCUCCCAGUGUCAUAGAAAAAAAGUCCAUUCGUUCUCCGCCUGCUUGCCUCAAUUGCCCGGUCUCAGGCCCACGAGCUUGCUCUACUCCCAAGAAGGCCACGAAUGCUAAUUCCCAUGUCCGGCAAGAAUACACGUCACAUUUGCAACCACCACGUGGUGGCCGCAGCCAAACUGUAUUGUGUGGACACCAGGGAACAGAUGUUAGAAUAGUGCAGACAGUGCAAAACCACCAAUGCGACUCACAUUGCCUUCGGCCAACGGAAAGCAUGAUUUCUCCAGACCCUCAGACUAUUCUUAGCUGCUCAGGCUCUCUGCUCUGCCCUUAUGCAUGUUCCCGAUCUAUGCUCCAUAUUCAACGGUUAGCCAAAUUCUCAUCCUCAAGACCCUUUUCUACUGUUUUUUAUGCUUCUUACUCCGAUCAUCAGAUCAGCUCAUGCUUUUCCAGACGCCACUGGUCCCCAGCUGAGGUGAUAGGCGUCAUCAACACAAUCACAACUACGCCUUCUGACUGGCUGGCAGAAAAUGUGGCCUGUCUUUUGCAUACAGCAGAGCACUAG